AUGGCGGUGGCGGUGACGGUGGCGGUGGCGGUGGUAUUGGUGGUGGUGUUAAUAGUAGUAGUAGUGGUGGUGGUGGUUGUGGUGGUGAACGGUGAGCGGUUGCGUUUAGCGGUGCAAAAACUGAGCAGCGUUCGGCAAAGCGCAAUCAAACAAACAACAACAACAACAGCAGCAGCAGCAGCAGCAACAACAACAACAACAAUUGCAGCGGCAGCAACAACGACAACAGCAGCGGCAACAAAGCGCCGGCAGCAGCAGCAGCAGCAACGACCCACGACGCCAAUUAGCGGCAACGGCGGCGGCAGCAACAGCAGCAGUCGCAGCCGUAGCCGCAGCCGCAGUCGCAGCAGCAGCGCUAGCAGCAGCAGUUGCAGCAGCCGAAGCAGCAGCAACGACAACAACCACAACAGCCACAACAACAACAACAAUAACAAUAAUAAUCAUAAUAACAGUAAACUGAACAUGUCGAAAACAACAACUGCAGCCGCUGCCGCAGCAGCAGCAGCCCAAGCGGCAGCAACAUCGUCGGCAGCGCAGCAGGCAGCGGUGGCAGCGGCAGCAGCAGCAGCUGCAGCACAGGCAGCGGCAGCAGCCAACAGCAGCAGCAAUGCAGCCGAUUUCAGUGCAUUCGAUUUUAACGAUAGCUCCGAUAAUUCCGAUACGCCUUUAGUGCCACGCGCGCCUUUCUUGAGUCGCGCUGCUGCGGCGGCGGCGGCGGCAGCUGCAGCUGCAUUGAGCGCCAGCAGUGGCAGCAACAGCAACAGUAGUAGCAGUAGCAACCACAACAACAGCAACACCAACAAUAACAACAGCAGCAGCAGCAAUGUUGUUGUCAACAACAGCAACACCAACAACAAUAAUAACAAUAACAACAGCAACAGCAACAGUAACAGCAACAACAACAACAACAACAGCAUUGCCAACGCGCGGCAUCGCAGCAGCAACAUGAACAACAAUAGCAAUGCCAGCAGUCGCAGCAGCAGCAGCUCACAAAGCAGCGACGACAGCAACCAUGGCACAACGACAACAACAACAACAAAAACAACCACAACAGCAGCAGCCGCAGCACAAGCCCAAGCAGCAGCAGCAGCAGUGGUUGCUGCCGCAGUGAAUGCCCUGCACAAUGGCAAGCAGCAGCAGCAACAACAGCAGCAGCAGCAGCAACAUCAUUACAACAACGGCAGCAGCAGCAACAAGCAGCGUGAUCGCGACUUGGAUGACGAUGAAGAGGAAGAAGAGCCGCUGGAGGAGGACGAGGAUGAUUACGAUGAUGAGGAUGACGAAGACGAGGAUGCCAUGGAUCACCACAACAACAACAAUAACAACAACAGCAGCAGUAACAACAACAACAACAACAGCAGUAGCAACAACAACAACCUGAACAACAACAAUGUGGUUUCAUUGCCAGCCGAUCUGCGACAUGAGCAACAAGCGAACUACGAUGACGACGAUGACGAAGAUGAUGAGGACGAUGAUGACGACGAGGACGAUGACGAUGAUGUCGAUAGUCGGACAGCGUUGACAGCAACACAUUUGGGCAGCUCGGCUGCUGGCGAUAGCAGCGGCCUACACAUGAGUAUUGCUGCGGCAGCGGCAUCGGCAGCGGUUGCUGCCGCAGCGGCAGCCAAAUUGAAUGCAGCCAAUGUGGCUGCUGCUGCACAGCUGGAGCAUCACAGCCAGAAUGCAACGACAUCGGUGCUGGACAUGGUGAGCAAUGCGGCAGCGGCUGCUGCUGCUGGCAUCGGCAACAUUGUUGUGGCGCCCAACAGUUUGAUUGGCGGUGGCAACGGCGGUGUUGGUGGCAACAGCAACACCAGUUUCUCCACAAACAACAAUAGCAGCAACCAUGCCCUGGGCAACGAACAAUUGUCGUCCCGUCACAGCAGCAAUUCGCAUCAACAGCAGCAGCAACAACAACAGCAGCAGCAGCAACAACAACAGCAGCAACAACAACAUCAGCAGCAACAUCAUCAACAGCAACAACUCCAGCAGCAGCAUCAGCAGCAACAACAUCAGCAAUCCAGCAACGCUGGCAGCGGCAGCGGCAGUGGCAGCGCUGCCAGCGAACGUCGCAAGUAUCGGCAUCAGAACUACAGCAAGAACAUCUACAUUGGCACCAAGAAUGCCGAGAAAUGGGAGCACAUGCGCACUCGAUUGCAGUUCAAGAACGACGUCGAGUUCGUUGCGUAUCUCCUCAAUCUGGCCGACAACGACACCGAUCGACUGAACAACCUGCCUCCGCCUUCGCCGGCGCACACGCCCACCAAGGGAUUCGAUGGCAACUUCAAGCUGGAGCCCAAUCUGAGUGUCAAGGACUUUGGGCCGCCUUCGUCGUCUGAGAAUGUCAAUCUCAAUCUCAAUGGCAACGGCAACGGCAGCCUGGAGUCUGUGGGCGGCGGCGUUGGAGGCGUGGCAACGCAACCGCAACGCAAACGCUACAAGAAGCGAGUGCAAUUCAACACGGAUGCGCUUAACGGCUACACGGGUGGCAAGGUGAAAGCGGCGGCCGCUGCUGCUGCGGCUGCUGCUGCUGUCUACAACAACAGUGGCUACAACAACAACAAUAACAAUAACAACAGCAACAACAACAACUCAAGCAGCGGCAGCAGCAAGUCAAAGAAGCAGGAGGCAAAAGCAGCGGCAGCGGCACUCAAAGCGGCAGCAGCAGCCGCCGCAGUGGCAGCAGCAUCGACAGCGUUGCCCGAGGUCCUCGACUGUCGCAUUGCCGAGAAGAUCAAGAGCGAACUGGAGGCAAGCGGUGCUGGCAAAGACUCGCUCCCCAAUGCACUGUGCCUCAAAAAGGCGGCGGCAGCAGCGGCCGCCGCAGCAGCAGCAGCCGCGGCGGCGCAACACAGCGACGAUGAGGACGACGACGAUGAUGAUGGGUCACAGCUGCAGCAAUCGCAAUCAUCGUCGCAGCAGCAGCAACAUCAUCAGCAUCAUCAGCAACAUCAUCACCAGCAGCAACAACAACAACAACAGCAGCAACUGAGCCUGGGGCAUGGCAGCGCAUCGCUGUUGGCAGCUGCUGCUGCUGCUGGUGGCGCCGAUCUUGUGGAUGCGGGCAGUGCCAGCAAUGGUCAGCUGGGCAAUUUCCAUGUGCGCUCCAAGAGCCAAGGCGGCAAGAACUCCAAGUCCGCCAAAGCAGCUGCAGCAGCGGCCGCAGCAGCAGCCGCAGCGGCAGCGGCAGCAAUGAUGCCUCCGAAUAGUUACGAUGAGCCGGAAGAUGAUUCGGCAGCGGGCGGUGGGGAUGAUGAUGACGACGAUGACGAGGAGCUGGACGAGGAGGCGUUGGCACGUGAAAUGAAAAUGGAGCAAAACUUCGUGGAGGAGGAGGACGAACAUGAUAUCGCAUUCCGAUCGCAGCAAUCGUGUCGCGAAUGUUCCAUUUCGCACGAUCACAAGCUGUGUCCGCUGCGCAAUGCCUGCGGCAAUGUGACGGAUGCCGUUGAUCUGGCCGAGUGGAUUGAACGACGCAAUCUCGAGGCGCUGGCCAAGCUCAAGGCGGAUGCACAGCGGCAGGCGAAGCAUGGCCGGCCACGGCACGAUGACGACGAGGAUGACAUGGAGGACAUGGACAUGGAUGAGUCGUCGCAGCUGUCGGAGCUGGAGACAAAGCCCCUGAUCACGUUCGCCGAGGCAUCGGUGCCCGCCGAAUUCGAGCUGCACAACGUGGAGCCGAAUGUCACUGGGGUCUUUGCCCGCACCGAGGUGCGAGCGUACACGAAGCUGGGGCCACUCAUCGGACAGCCGGUGCAGACGGGCGAGGUGCGCGAGGGGAGCGACAUGAAGUGGAUCUUCGAGAUGUGCGAAGCGGGUGCGGAUAAAUCGUAUUUGCUCUGCUGCGACAAUCCGAAUGCGUCCAAUUGGCUGCGCUUCAUUCGACCGGCGCCGUGCUACGAGGAGCGCAACGUGAAUCUGGUUUCGAUCGAUCGACAGGCAUACUUUGUCAGCUGCCGGGAUCUGCGCAAUGGCAUGGAGUUGCUCUACUGGAGCGACGACUGCAACACAAUGUGGCGCAAGAAGCACACGGAGAAGACAAACUGCGGCGGCUGCAAUUUGAAGUUCGAGCAUCCGUUGUACUAUCGCACCCACUGCUCAGUGUUCCACGAUCCAUCGAUGAGUCUGACCAUACGCAAGUAUCACUGCAAGGUGUGCGGCGAGGCGGUGCUGGGCAAGGAUAAUAUCAUGAAGCAUGCGGCGGAGAAGCAUGAUGGGAAGGGAGCGUAUCAGUGUCAGUUCUGCAACAAGUUCUUUCUGCGCCUCAACUAUCUGGAGAUGCAUCGCACUUAUGGUUGUGCCUCGAAUCCGAAUCGAUCGCGGCCCGUUUGUGAUUUUUGUGGUCGCAAAUUUUGCCAGCCGCAAAAGUUGAAGGCGCACAUCAAACGCGUGCACAGCGAUAUGGCUGAAGUUUUACGAGAUUUUCAGUGUAAAUUAUGUUCAAAACUUCUAGGAUCGCGUGCGGCACUGCAGCGACACUCGAAGGAGGUGCACAGCCGCAACUCGACAGUGGUGAGCUGUCCCCGCUGCCAGAAACUCUUCCAGAACCGCAGCAAUCUGAAGAUACACAUGCUCACGCAUUCGGGUGUGCGACCCUUCAAGUGUGCGGAACCGGAAUGCAAUGCGGCGUUCACGACAAAGCAGUGCCUGCAAUUCCACUACAAGAAGGUGCACAACUACACCCAGGAACAGAUGCCAAAGAUAGAACGGAGUGUGGCAUACACCUUCGAUGCGUAUUCGGGUGGAAUGAAGGUUGACUUUUUGGGUAAGCCAGUAGUGGGUGGUGUUGGUGGUGGUGGUGGGAUGAUGGAUCCACUUGUUAGUGGCGGUGGCGGUGGCAGUGGCGGUGGUGUUGCCACUGUGGGGCAGUCGCCGGCAUCUGUACAUGUACAAGCGGGACGCCCUAACGCCGCUCCCAUCUCGUUCACGUUCACAGAGCAAGCGCCGCGUCGCCGUCGCAAGAGUCUCGAGGAUCAGAAUCAAAACUCCAUGCUGAGCAGCUCGAUGCAAAGCGACACCGAGUACAGUGAUGACAACAUCUUUGAGGCGAUCAAGAAGAGCGGCAAAUCGAUCAAGGAUCUCUGUCGCAACGAGCCAAAUCUCUCGCUCCUCAGCUCCAAGAUCUCCAGCAUCUUUGGCGACAAGGUGGCACAAGUGGCACAGCCGUCGGGUAAUGUGGCGGUGCCGGGACGCAAGCGUAAACGCAAACGCGAAACGGCAACAACACUCGCUGCCCAGCAGCAACAUCAGCAGCAUCAGCACCAGCAGCAGCAGCAACAACAACAACAUCAGCACCAGCAACAGCAGCAGCAGCAGCAACAACAACAACAGCAGCAACUGCAACAGCAGCAGCAACAACAGCAGCAGCAGCACGCCCAGCAAUGCCAUCAGCAACAGCAGCAGCAACAGCAACAACAACAGCAGUUGCAUGGCAGCCAUCUGGAUCAAUCGCCAUCGCAUCUGUCGCAUCAUCAGCAGCAGCAACCGCAGUAUCACGCCCACGCCCAUAGUCACAGUCACGCCCAUGCACACGCCCAUGCACACCAGCAACAGCAGCAGCAACAACAGCAGCAGCAACAGCAACAGGUGUCCGCCCAUCAUCAGCAGCAGCUGCACGAUGCCGACGAGGAGGAGGAAAAUGUGCGGCUGGAGCAAGUGCGUCGCAAGCAGAACGCACAGCUGAGCCUGGUCGAAUCCUUCCUCACGACAACCGCACAACGUUUGAGCGCCCAGCAGCAGGUGCAACAGGUGGUUGCCGCUGCCGCUGCGGUCUCUGCCAUGGCGGGCGCUGGCGAAGAUCCAGCCAAGCUGGGUCACAUGAUGGGGCACAUGGGUGGCGUGGGUCUGGACGAUGACGAUGACGACGAUGAGGACGAUGAUGAGGCGACGGCACAUCAUCAUCACCAGCAGCAACAGCACCAACAGCAGCAGCAGCAGCAACAACAGCAGCAGCAGCAACACCAACAGCAGCAGCAACAGCAACAGCAGCAACAACAUCACUCACAUCAAACGCAUCCGCAUCCACAUCACGCCCAUUCCCAUGCGCAUCAACACGCCCAACAAUCGGCGCAACAAACGCACGCCGAUGCCAGCUAUCGACACGCUGCCGUGGCGAUGAAUGCGGCCCUUGGGCAAAAUCUCGUGGUUAGCAAGGGCAGCAAAAAGUGGAUCGGUGCCGAUGAUCGGCAUCUGAGCGAUGGCAGCGAGGUGGCCAACGAUGCCAGCGUCUCGGGUGCCGGUGGCCCCGGUUGCGGUCAGCUCUCGAGUGGCGCCAGCUCUGGUCAGGAUCUCGGUUUCGCUGUCCCGCCCAGCGCCGUCGAUGUGGAGCACAGCAAGCUGCUUGGCCAGAAUCGUGACUUCCUCGCCCGUCUCAUGAGCAGUGCGAGUGCCAGUCAUGCCAGCCAUCAGCAUCAGCAUAGCGCGCACAGUCGCGAGGAGGAUGAGAACAGCUCUUUUCUCGAUGUCGUCGAGUCCAACAACAAUGCAGCUGCUGCCGCUGCAGCCGCUGCCGCCGCCGCUGCCAUGUCACAGUAUCAGCAUAGUGCUGCUGCUGGUAAUGGGGGCGCUGGCAGCGGCGGUGGAGGAGGCGGUGGUGGUCCGGGCAGCGCCGGUGGCCCCGUUGGCGAUGGUCCGCUAACGCCGACGGGCGGUGGAACGGCGCCGAGCAGCGUGGAGCCGCCACAGAUGCAGAUGAACUCGCUCAGCCACUCGCAGUCGUUCAUGAGCUCGUUCUACAACAAUGCGAACGCAAGACUGAGCGGCGCCGGCGCGAGCGUUGGUGUUGGCGCCAACUCCUCAUCGGCCAGCAUGCUGGUGGAGGCGGCCCUCAACUCCGUUGGCAAUAUGAUUGACAGCGAGAGCAGCGAUCUAAAGGUACCCACCGAGAACCACAUCAACAGCGACAGUCCGAUGAGCGCGCACGUCGAUGCGGAGGCGCAACGCUUCGGCAGCGGCGGCGGCAGCGGAGCGAACGGUCCGGGCAUUGGCACGACGAUGGACAAUCUGGAGAACGAGCUGAAGAUGAUGAAGAAUCUGGGCAGUUUUCCGAUGCAAAUACCGCCGUUGCCCAUGUUCCAAGGCGCCUGCAACAUAUCGCCGAGUGCAUCGACGCCAACGAAUCCGCAGAGUAACCAGAAUCAGAACGAUGUCGAUGUGGAUGCGGGCAGCACGCCGCGUCCCCAGCAUCCCGAUUCCGAUGGCUUCUCAUCGUCGCAUCAUCGCACGCCGCCUUCACCGCCGCCCAUAUCACCGGGUCGCGAUUAUGGCGGCAUGUUUGGAGCCGGCAAUGGAGCUGGCGGUGGUCCCGGCUCCAAUAGCACACCAGCAGGCAGCUCAAGUGGCGGCGGCGGCGGCGGUGGCACCACAGCUGGUGGCAACAAUCUGUCAGCAUCGUCGCCGUUGCCGGCAUUGCAGCCACAGCGACGCAAUGCGUCCAGCGUGGGCAGCACAUAUCCGGAGCAUGAGCUCAUCUCGCCGGCCUCGUCGCCGAGCAUACCGCGCUACAACUUCAAUGGCGACAUGAUGCGUCACAAGCGUGCCGUCCAGGAGCAGGAGCAGCAGGAGCGACGCCACAACAUCUCGCGGCACAAUCAGAUGUCCAGCGACGAGGAGAACAGCAUCAUGCCGCAGAACAGUGCUGGUCAGGACAUGCGCAUGAAGUUCCCGCAAUCGCAGAUCGAUCUCAUGUACUCCAAGUACGAGAGCAUGGCCAGCAAUCUGAAGUACAACAGCCAGGACCUCGACUCACCCGCCGAGUACCGCCAAAGCAGCAACAGCAAUGCAGCGAGUGCGGCAGCAGCAGCGGCCGCAGCAGCCAGCGCUGCGAAUGAUAUGUCCGAUCUGCAGGGCUUGGACAUGAGUUCGCGAUCGAAUGCAUCGAGCAAUUAUCAUCACAAUUUCCAGCUACCGAGCAGUCGCUACCAUCAUCAUAUCUACGAUAUAUUGUCGGAUCGCGAGCAGAGCCAACAGUCGCAGGCCCAACAGCAAUCGGCGGCCUCGGUGGUGCAUCAACAGGAGCAUGGCAGUCAUGGUGGACACAGCAGUCAGCUGGCGAUGCAACAGCAUCAGUCGGCGGCAAUGCAUAAUAUGUUGAGCGAACAGUUGGGCGAACAGGAGCACGAUCAGACAACAUCGGUGGACCUGAGUCGAACGGCCAAUUAUGUGGUAUCAUCGCCACCGCAAUUGCCGUACAAUCAUCCGCAUCAUGAUAUGCUGCGCAUGGCAUCGUUGGAUCUGACACCGAAUACCGCCAACAUGGCGGUGGGUAACAAUCGCUCGUUUCUCUCGUCCCAGAUGCAGCACCAGAGUCGCGAGAGUCUCGAGCAUCAUCGUCUGCUCUCCACCGUUGAACAGCAUCGCAUUUUGGCCGCCUCGAAUGCAGCGGCCGCCGAUCCACAUCGUCUGCUCGUCGAUCCCACAGCGCAUUUGCUGAUGGAGCAGAACAAUCGAUUGCUGGGCACAGCAGAUCAAUCCCGGCUGCUUGGCGAAUCGGCGGCGGCGGCAGCGCAAAAUCGUCAUAUGGCCCGAAGUUUUGGCGCCUACCAUCAGGUGGCAUCGAGCAAUUAUCAUCCGGGUGUUAGGCCGCCACCAGUGUUGCCAUCAGCCAAUCAUCAUGCUUCCAAUCCGUCGAAUUAUCAUCCAUUUCCCGCCUAUUACUAAUAGUAGGUGGCAUCGAAGCACCUCCCCAAAACACUUUCCCACUGCACAGCUAGUCCAGGCUCUAUUCUAUACAGACCCAAUUCCAAAUGACAAACAAACUCGUAUAUCCUAGAUAUGCUAGCUAAUGUUGAACUUUUUGCGGGACUAAAGUGCAAUAUCAAUGAGUGACAAAGAGUGCUGGUCAACAUCAGCAUCCCCCAGUUUAAUUCCCUUAUACUAUUGUAUCCGAUAAGCAUUUUAAGUUAAUAAUUUUCAACUUUUUUUUUUUUAUAUGCAUAUUCAAUAUAUAUUAUAUAUAGUUCAAUUUAAAAGCGCAAAUAUGUUUUAAACGUAACAACAAGUUUUGGUUCCUCGGUUCUUAUCGCAUGUACUACAAUACAUAUGUACUUAAUUCAACUAAGCCGCAAAUAAAUCGUCUUAAGCUAUACAAAACAAAACAAAAAAAACAAAAUACAAAAAAACUACCCAAAAAUACCGACAACAAAAAAAUACCAAACACAUACCAACUUAUGCGAUGUCGCAUUACGUUCAGUUUCUCAACUAUUAUGCCUAAAUAUAUGUGAAAAUAUAAUAAAAUAUAAUAAAAAACCAAAAACAAAAAUGAGAAAAAUACCAUAAAGUGUGCCAAUAUGUUUAAGUGUAAAUUCAGUUUUUUUUCUCGCAAAAGCGCUGGCAAACUCUAUGAUUUUGUAACAAUAAUAACAAUAUGUAUAGUUGUAAAUGUAUAAAAUAAAAAUCUAAUAAUAACCAUUUCAAUAACAAUGCAAACUAAUAUGCAAAAAUGCUAUAAUUUUAAACAAUUUGCCGCUGAGUUUGUAUAAAAACACAAAUAAAGGAUUGUAUAAAGGAAUAAAUAACGAAAGCGAAAUUACAAUAACAUUGCUAUUUUUACACCAAAUAAUGCGAAAAUACCAAGAAAAAUUUAUAAACGAGUACAAAGUGUUGAGAAAAGAUGAGUGAAAAGGGCAUAUUUCAAUAAAACGACACAAAAAUGUAACAUCCAUUUGGCUAUAUCCAACUACAAAUCCCCAAAAACAAAAUAAGGCCCCAUACAAGCUCAGCGAUAAAGAAAAAAAAAAAAACGAAAAGGAAACGACAGAAAAUGUAAUGAAAAUACCAGUAUCUAAUAUA